ACGUAAUGAUUUUACGCAAUAAAUAUCUGUCGUCUGUGUGUUAUUUUGUAUGAAAAUGGCUGAGAAAGACAUAAUUGGGUUGAUAUCAGGGGGUAAAAGGAAACGGGGGGCUAAUUGGAGCAGCGAGGAGGCGAUAACUUUAAUUGAAGAGGUUUUAAAAUUCGAACAACAACUAUUUGGAAAGAUGAAAGGGGCGGGGGUGAAAGGGAAACAUGGAAAGGUAAAAGAAGAAACUUGGAAGUCCAUCACUGACACACUGAAUUUACAAUUUAAAAACGACAGAACAUCUGACUCCAUCUACAAAAAGUAUAACAUCAAACAGAGAGCAAAAGAGAAAAUUGAUGACAUACGCAGGCCCAAGACUGGGGGAGGUCCACCAUCAGCGCCCCUCACUCAGGCAGAGGAGGCAUUGUACCAGGCAAUGGAUACUCGACCUAACAUUGUUGGCUUGGUGGGAAGCAUUGAUACCGAUGGUAAAUUAAACAAUGUCACUUAUUUAAGAGGUAGAACUUUGCCAGAAUAA